GGAAUUUCCCCAUCUGCUGGGGGGCAUUCGCACGUCACUCACUGCGGGCCAUAAAUAGGAAGGGGAACGAAGCGGGGCCACACCAGCCUGCCGAGCCGCAGCAUCCCGAGCCGAGCAGACUGCCGCCGGCAGCGCGCGCCGACUCCCCGGGCAGCCCCUGCGCUAUGAUCCUGCUCUGCGCGUCCCUGCUCGCGCUCGUCCUGGCCUCCGGCCGCGCAGCUAAUCCUUGCUGCUCAAAUCCAUGUCAGAACAGAGGAGUUUGUUUGACAACAGGCUUUGACAAAUACGAAUGUGACUGCACAAGGACCGGGUAUUAUGGGGAAAACUGCGCUACACCCGAAUUCUUUACCUGGUUGAAAAUCACAUUGAAGCCUACUCCUAACACUGUCCACUACAUCCUCACACACUUCAAGGGGGUCUGGAAUAUUAUAAACAACAUUCCUUUCUUGCGUGAUGCCAUCAUGCGAUAUGUAUUGACAUCAAGGUCACAUUUGAUUGACAGUCCCCCAACAUACAAUAGUGAAUACAGUUACAAAAGCUGGGAAGCCUUUUCCAACCUUUCCUACUAUACAAGAGCCCUUCCACCAGUAGCACGAGACUGCCCUACACCCAUGGGUGUUAAAGGUAAAAAGGAACUCCCGGAUUCCAAGUCAGUUGUGGAGAAGUUUCUGCUGAGGAAAAAAUUUAUUCCAGAUCCGCAAGGCACAAAUAUUAUGUUCACAUUCUUUGCUCAACACUUCACCCACCAAUUCUUUAAGACUGAUCACCACAAAGGACCAGCCUUCACAAAAGCCCUUGGGCAUGGGGUUGAUUUGAACCAUGUCUAUGGAGAGACUUUGGACAGACAGCUUAAGCUCAGGCUUCGUAAAGAUGGGAAGCUAAAGUAUCAGAUGAUUGGUGGAGAAAUGUACCCUCCAACAGUGAAGGAUACUCAAGCAGAAAUGCUAUAUCCUCCUCAUGUUCCUGAGCACCUACAAUUCUCUGUAGGACAGGAAGUGUUUGGUCUGGUCCCAGGUUUAAUGAUGUAUGCUACCAUAUGGCUCAGGGAGCACAACCGGGUCUGUGACAUCCUUAAGCAGGAGCAUCCAGAAUGGGAUGAUGAACGGUUAUUCCAAACUACCAGACUCAUAUUGAUAGGGGAGACCAUCAAGAUUGUUAUUGAAGACUAUGUGCAACACUUGAGUGGCUACCAUUUCAAGCUGAAGUUUGACCCUGAGCUUCUGUUUAACCAAAAGUUUCAGUACCAGAACAGAAUUGCAGCUGAAUUCAACACUCUGUACCACUGGCAUCCACUUCUACCUGACACGUUCCAGAUACAUGACCAGGAAUACACAUUCCAGCAGUUUCUUUACAACAACUCCAUAAUGCUGGAGCAUGGCCUUUCCCACAUGGUGAAAUCCUUCUCCAAGCAAAUUGCUGGCAGGGUUGCUGGAGGUAAAAACGUUCCUGCUGCAGUACAGAAAGUUGCCAAGGCAUCAAUUGACCAAAGCAGACAGAUGAGAUACCAAUCCUUGAAUGAAUACCGGAAACACUUCCUCAUGAAACCCUUUAAAUCGUUUGAGGAACUUACAGGAGAAAAAGAAAUGGCAGCCGAAUUGGAAGAGCUUUAUGGAGACAUUGAUGCUAUGGAGCUGUAUCCUGGUCUGUUAGUGGAAAAGCCCCGUCCAGGAGCCAUCUUUGGUGAGACCAUGGUAGAGCUUGGAGCACCAUUCUCGUUGAAAGGCCUGAUGGGAAAUGCUAUCUGCUCUCCUGAGUACUGGAAGCCUAGCACUUUUGGUGGAAGAGUAGGAUUUGAAAUAGUCAACACUGCCUCCCUGCAAAAACUCGUCUGCAACAAUGUAAAGGGUUGUCCCUUUACAGCUUUUCAUGUCCUAAAUCCUGAAUCCACUGAAGCAGCAACUAUUAAUGUCAGUACCUCAAACUCAGCAAUAGAUGAUAUCAACCCCACAUUACUACUGAAAGAAAGAUCUGCGGAAUUAUAGACUAUCCACCUAUUUAUUUAUUUAAGUAAUUUUGUAAAUUAUUGUAUUUAUAUCUUUAUACAAAACCAACCUAAUGCAUUUUCUAUACUUUGGGUGUCACCCUAGAUGAGUUACUCAGGUAAGGGAUCCAUUGAUAAAAGAAAGAACACUGAGCUUUGUGGUAUUAGAUCCCUUUUUUAAUGUCUUCUGUAACAGAACUAUGUAUUCCAAAAUGGAUUUAAUGAGAACCAAAUUUCUACUUUUGUUUUGCUUUAAUACUUGACUGUAACUAUACUGGGUUUUUUUUUCAAUGGGUUCCAUAACACUACAAUCACAAUUUACAUUAUCAACAGUUAUCAAGUUUUAACUUGAAAAUUAAUUCUCAAGCAAAAUAUACAAAAUAACUUGAUCAAUGAAAAUUGCCAAUUUUAGUACUGUUUUUCAGUCCUAUCACUAGUAAAUUAAUGUAAAAAAUAUUUUAAUAGUUAAAAAUGGGUUAAAACCUUUAAAAUAACUGUUAAUUAUUUCCUGUAAAGUCAGGAAAUGAGAAAGUUAAGUUUCUCACGAAUACUACCUCUCAGUCACGGAUGCUGUACAUGAAUGAAGAGCCUUAACUUUCCUUUUUGGCCUUUUUACGUUUAAACUUAUGGUUUUACAUUCCACUAAUAAAUAUUUAAAAAAUCAACAUAAUUUGUGUUUAGGCCACAGUCCAAGUUUUUUUAACUUGUACUGCAUAGGUCAAAGGGAUGACUAGCUAUUGCUGCUGAUUUACUUAAGGGUCAUUAUUUGCCAAGUUGGUAUAACAGGGCAUUUGUAUUCUGAUCGGUGUUUUAUAAAAAAUAAGAAUUUCUUUUGAAAGCUUAAGAUAUGUAGAAAGAAUCAAAAGAUUUUGAAAGCCUUUAACAGAGUCUACAUUUUUUUCACAUUUGCAGUUUUCUAGCCAACGUGGUAUCAAGUAAUUUUCUUCUAUAUUUUAGAAAACUGGGUACAAUUUCUCAUGUAAAUCAUCUAUAUAUCAUUUAAGGACUAAAAGAAACAAAAGUAUAGCCUUAACUGUGGAUGUAUCAACAUUAUAGACCUAACUAGUGAGUUCAUGUACUGAUAUCAUAGUAGUCAGGACAACAUAGUGCCCAUCAAAAAAGCUUCUGAGAAGUUGGGAAGCCUAUUCACAUGAUUUGCCCACACUCAGCUCUGUGCUGGCCAAGCUAUGUUAUUACUGCUACCCAAAUUUGAAACUAGCUCAAGUAUAUCACAGUAGUGUACUGAGGCUCCACAGCUUUCACUUACACAUUGAAAGCCAUGGUAAUGUUUUAUAUAGUAUCUUAUAAACAAAAGCUUAUAAUCUGUAUUUCAGUCUUAAAUAAAAUAUUGUAGCUAGCACAACAGGUUAUGUGUGUGGUACUAAUCCAACUCCCACUGAAAUCUUUGUAGCCCUGUAUGAGAAAUAAAUCAGAGAAACAAGUUACACAAGAUUUCAUAGUAGCACUUUAGAUUUUACAUACAAUGUGGUUUGUGUAUCUUGUAUUUUUUUAAGGAACUGCAGAAAAGUAUUUUUUAAUAAAGAGAGAAGCAAGGCUUUUUUUUAGUGAUAUAUGUUACUGGAUCAACUGCAUAGUUGCAAAACCAGUUAGGCCUCGAGGCACAACAUGUCCUUUUUCAAGUCUAUCAUUUUUCUAAGAAUGGAAAGAAUAUAGUUAUUCAAGCCAUAAAAGGCUGGAACAUCAGAAUUCUAUUUAAAUAAUUUUUUAAAGCCCAACAAUUUUUAUAAACAUUUUCAAUCAGGAAUUCAUAUCUAAAAGAUACCUUAUGUCAAGGGGAGAUGGUAUCAAGAAAGUGGUAAUGACUAUGGCACUGCUACAGUUUAAUUGCUUUUUUUUUUAAGUUUCUAGUCACUUUGUUGAAUUACACCAAUCACAUUAAGACUGGUGAAGUCUUCAUUUUUGAUAACUGAAUUGAGAAUUUACAAACUAAUUUAUACAAUUGGAAAGGUUCAUGCAUGUUUGAGGACAAAAGGGAAGAAAUUAUUAUAUUUAUUUCUUGUUUUUAUUAUUUUUCCUGUUAAAUGUACUGAGUGUACUGUAUAUUUAAAAAUGUUGACUGUUUCAAUGUUCAGAAAUGUAAAUGUUAAUAAAACUGAAGCUAUUCGGUCAUCUGAGAAGUUAAACAGUUCAGAAAAUGGAUUUUUUAAACUACGCUCUAUCUAGAUCAUAAACUGGAAUCUAAUCUAGCCUGUAACUAUUGGCAUUUACUGUGGUAGAGUUUUACGUCCCUCUAAGCUGCUCUAUGAAAAGACCAUGUUCGUAUUCUAUUUUGUAUGUGUGAGAACACUGUUUUUAAAUGAGUCCAGGCUAUAUGCAGCCUGACCUGCUGGCUAUGGUUAGGUUGAGAUUCUAUGUAUAAAAUUAGGUUAUUUAUUUAAUAUUUUAUAACAAUGCAAUUUUUUUAGGUUUAUUUUUAUAUAGCACGGACAUGGUUAAAAUUCAAUUUUUAAAAUAAAUCUUUUGAAAAUA